AUUUACAGCGGUGUUACUCGUAGCUAUCUCUCACAACUAAGUAGUACUCAGUUUCGUUGAAAUAGUUUGACUGUAGAGUUUAUGUAGCAAUGGCUGAAAAGAUUGAAAUAGAGAAAGCCUCCAGUUCUUCACAGAACCUGGUAUGUCCGCUAUGUCUUGAUAUUUUUGAUGAACCAACGAUCCUGACGUGCGGACACACUUUCUGUCGUAAGUGUCUCAAGAAAUAUGAUCUGACCCACCAGGACAUUGACCACAUGGUCUGUCCUCUCUGCAGGGAGAUCACCAAGUUGUCUUCCAACCGAGUCGACGAUCUCCGCCUCAAUGUCUCCAUUAACGGAUUCGUAGACGAUUACCACGCCAAGUGUGGAGGGAUGAAUGCUGUCCUUGAGAUGCGUACAAAAUGUAUUGGUUGCAAGUUUCAGCAAGACGCUGUCUCCUUCUGCAGAACAUGUAAUAACUACAUAUGUGAUAAAUGUUUACAAUGCCAUCACUACAUGGAACUUUUUGAAGAUCACGAGAUUGUCUCCAUGGAGGAUGUCAUCGAAGGGAAGGUCAGCAUUGGUCAUCAAUUUGAGAAAUGCUCCAUCCACAAACAAGAGAACAAAGAUAUGUUUUGUGAUGAUUGUAAGGUCCGUGUCUGUCUCAGGUGCGUGGUCGUUGGUCAUAAAGUCCAUAACAUCAAGAACCAGUCUGACUUCGAGCAUGAGUUGAGGCGAAAGGUGACAGAACUUGCCCACCAAUGUGCAGCUAAGAAAGCUGAGCUGGAAAAGAACAUUCAGAAUAUAGAAUUACAACGUCAUGAGGUACACACUGCCAUGCAGAAACUACUAGAUGAUGUCAGCCAGGCUUACAGCAUCAAGGUUAAAGAGCUGGAAGGAAAUCUUCAAGAUCUCAUCGAGCAAAUAAAUGAAUUGAAGCGAAGUUUCGAGGAUGAUCUCAACAUCCUAAAGUCCAAGGAACGACAGAGGAUCAAAAGCAUUUGUAGUUCGAUUACAUUGGUAGAUAAUGACAGACUGGGUCAUCUUGAGACAGAUAGUCUGUCCGCUCAUAAUUUGCUUUGUAAUGAGCUAGAAGCUAUGCUGAAAGAGGUUACCGAUCGCACUACUGCGGAAGUUAUUACAAAGAAAGCACAGGAGAAGAGUUUUAAUCCUGGAGAUGCUACUUGUCUUGAACUCGGAAAAAUCUCAGACCCUAUCGAUCACACUUUUACUGUUGAUAUCACGGAGAAAGCACUGAAGAGUUUUAAUCCUGCAGAUAAAUCUUGUCUGGACCUCGGGAGCAUCUCGGGAUCAGAUCCCAAGUUAGAAAUCAUGAAGUGUAUAGAUCUACGGGGAGAAAUGAUUGGAAUGACAGCUUACACUCAUACCAGUGUGGCCAUCGUAUAUGGGAUUUAUACACCAGGUAUUGAUAUCAUUGAUAUAGCUGGUGGAACGGAGCAGUAUACAAACAUACCACAUGACGUGGGUUAUAGAGCUAUUGCGAUUCUACGAGACAGAACAUUAUGUGUCUCAACUAGUUCUACAGAAGCACACGUGUAUUCUCCCGAUGGCUCCAGGAAAGCAACAAUCAACGUGAGUGAGACUGGUUAUUAUCUCAAACUGAACAGAAGUCCAUCAAAUGAGAUCCUCAUUGCUAGCGGUGCCAACAAAGUCUACAUCUAUGACCCGACUGGAUCCACUCUCAAACACACUGUUCCAACAAAGCACAAGACGUGGGAGGCAUCAUCCACCAGGUUGGGUUUGAUCGUCACCAGUUCAUGUUGUUUCACCAAUCCAAACGUGGUGACGGUCUAUGGCAGGGAUGGGAAUGCUGGUGAGUCUCUGCAAGCUCCAAAGGAUGUCUACCUGUAUGCUACCGUGGAUGAGCAGGACAGGGUGUAUGUAGCGAGUGUUGAUUAUAUUAAUAGGAAGGUGGUGAUCAGGCUCUAUGAUCUUGAUGGUCUGAACCUGAGGGAAAGAGUUGAGUUCAAAGCACUUGAUAUGACAUUGGGUGGUUAUUGGUGUUACUUGGUUUCCCUCUCUCCGGACCUACUCGCCUUUGCUUGUUACAAGAAGUUAUAUUUCAUCAAGGUAUCGUUGUAAUCACGAGUAUCUCACAAUAAGUACGUAUCACAUGAUUUAUUGCUUUUUAAUAUAGUGUAUGUGAAUGGGAUAUCCGAAAUUUUGUAAUAACUUUUCUUGACUUUCCUACGUUUUGCUGUGUAUAUAUAAUACACAGGGCUUCUAACACGAAUCGAAUAAAAACUUGCAUACACAUAUAACAAUUUCAUCAUUGAAACUUGAUUAUCAAAAGACCAUUAUUUUUCAUUAUUUCGUGAAUAUGAAUUAUCUAAUGCUUAAGGUGUCAUUAGGUCUCUGUUAUGGAGAAUUCCAUGAAAGACUAUUAUAUUAAACGAACUCUAUAUUUUGUGAGUGUCAAGAUUAGUCUUUAUGAAAUUGUGUACAAUUGAUAUGCUGUUUUCUUGCAAGUCAGCCUAUUAGUUGUGGAGAUACGUCAAUGAUCUCGAAAUCUUAAAUUUUUCUGCCCAGUGUUUAUAUGAUGUGAAGGAAAAACCUAAUAAUCACGGAUAUCAGCUCAUUUCUUUCCUAUUCGACCGUAAAACCAUUAAUCUGAAUAGGGCUAUAUUUCUUUUUGUGUGGAAUGUACAGUGCGUAUCAAAAAAAAGUUUACAUUUUGAAAAAGCCCUGGGAAUUAAAAAAUAUACAACAUGUGGGUAAUUUUUUCACAUAUAAUCUUGGGUUUGGGUCUCAUCUAUCAAAUGAAAGUAAACGUUUUGACAUAAUGUUACACUUGAGUGAGCACUGUCCAUUUUUGUAAAGCUCUCAGAAAUCUGUUUGCGCAGAAAUGCUCGUUUUCACGCUGUGUCAAGGGGAACGGGCGAAAUCAAACUUACCCUGCGAAACAUUUUUCAUACAUUUCCCUUGUACUUUUAGUCAAUUUAGAUAAAACAGAUACAUUCAAGCAUUUUGUAACAAUUUUGCCACCCAAAUUGAAAUUUCAAUACUUAGUAAGCACAAACUUAACCCUUUUUGUGCCAACUGGAUUUAAGGACAUAGCUGAAUCUGUACAAAUGCUUACAUAAGACAUCUCCAGCAUUUUUUCACUAAGUUUUUAUCAUUUAAAGUGGGUUUACAUUUCAUUUUUCAUUUAAUGCUCGUUUCUCCACACUUUUCCCAAGCUUAACAAUGAUUAACAAGAUGAAAAUCAAGCCUUAGCCAUUUCAUGUAAAUCACAGCUCAGGGUAAAGCAAAUAUCGUCUUGAUGGCCUUGGUUUGUGGGGAAGUGGGGUGGGGCGCAAUGCACUCUUUGAAGUGUUUUGGCCAAGGAAACAAGUUAAAAAAGGUGAAAGAUAUCUUCAAAUAAAUUUUACUAGCUAAAUUCAACGUGUUCUUCAUGAUUAAGGUCUCCUUUUAUUCGCAUAACUAUUUCAAAGUUCUGCGCAAAUCAUUUUUCACUAACUUUUCAAAAGUAAGUGGUGCUCACUCAAGCGUAAAUAUUUUUCGACAGUUAUUUCGUCAUUUGCUUAAAUGGAUCUGUACCAAUGUUAAAAUGUGGAAAAAUCUUCAGGAUAUUACAAAUGUAUAAUUUUACAGGAUUUUUUCAAAGUGUAAACUUUUUUUUGAUACGCACUGUAUAGUCCCCACAAACCGAUUGAUAUAUCAAUAUUUUCAUUUUACGAAAUGUACAUAAUUACUGGAAUAUUCAUUUUGUAUUAAAACACCUCGCUGAAUGAUUAAUGUUUAUAAACAGUCACUACAAAUACAAACUACGAUAUUAACAUAAUUUCAAUUUCACGAGGGCAUCCAUAGAAAUGUAUUUAUAUCGAAGAACUUGUUAUUGUUUUUUUUUAAUUGUUUUGCCUUUAUUCAGAAUACAAUACAUCAUAAUAUAACAAAGGUAUAAGUAGUAAUAUUUUCUUGCAUUGCACAUUGCCAUACGUUCUAUUUUACAAAAUUCAGGUUAGCUUAAUAAAUGAUUAAAUUUCCAUGAAAUAUAAUAAUAAAAACAACGAAUCAUAUAAAAAAAUAAUACUUUGAACAUUAUUGAAAUCAAUAUAAAUCAUGAUAAUUUGAAUAAGGAAUUUCUUGUGAGAAAAGAUGAAUGGUGUACAUUGAGCCAAUAUAACACGCUGUAUUUAAUUAAAUUUCUCAAUAUAAAAAUUAUUAUCGGACUACGUGUUUAUAAAUUGCCAUUUGUUUAUACCGCCCUCUUUCGAGAGAAUCAGGACAUGCUCUAUCUUCGAACAACAUGAAAAGGUAUCUAUUGGAGACUGAAUUAUUUUCUGGAGAAAAUCUUUUAUCAUAUUCACCUUUUUAGAAAAUGUUGAUGGAAAGAAACAACACAAAUGCACAUACAUACGGUUGUCCACCCCCC